UCAUUCCUAUACCAACCCGCCUCUCUCUCUCUCUCUCUCUCUGGUUUCAAUCGGGUGGCAGUGGAGGUAAAUAUAGGGGGUUCGGGAGGGUCGUAUUAGCAAAACGAUGUUUUUGUUCGAUUGGUUCUACGGGGUUCUAGCGUCGCUGGGGUUGUGGCAAAAGGAGGCCAAGAUCUUGUUCUUGGGCCUCGAUAAUGCCGGCAAAACGACGUUGCUUCAUAUGCUCAAAGAUGAGAGAUUAGUUCAACACCAGCCAACACAGCAUCCGACAUCAGAGGAGUUGAGUAUUGGGAAAAUCAAGUUUAAGGCUUUUGAUUUGGGAGGACAUCAGAUAGCUCGUAGGGUUUGGAAAGAUUACUAUGCCAAGGUGGAUGCAGUUGUCUACUUAGUAGAUGCUUACGACAAGGAGAGAUUUGCUGAGUCAAAAAAGGAGCUGGAUGCUCUCCUCUCCGAUGAGGCUUUGGCAACUGUUCCAUUCCUUAUUCUUGGCAACAAGAUCGAUAUACCAUAUGCUGCCUCAGAAGAAGAAUUGCGUUACAACCUGGGCUUGACCAACUUCACCACAGGCAAGGGUAAAGUAAACCUGGCAGACUCAAAUGUCCGUCCCCUCGAGGUAUUCAUGUGUAGUAUUGUCCGGAAAAUGGGUUAUGGAGAAGGUUUCAAGUGGCUGUCUCAGUACAUUAAGUAGUAGGCUUCAGAAGUGAAGAUUUGGCAUCUUAUUUCUAUAUGUUUUUUGGUUCUACUUGGAGCUGGACAUGUUGUCAGGUCGAAAAUUACUCUUGGAGAUAUUUCACAUGUUCCAUUUUUGUUUUUUUUUUGUUUUUGGUUUAUGUUCAAACGACAAAGAUUAACUCUAUGAUCUAUGAUGAGCGAAAAGUAAUUGAUGAUU